AAGACCCAAUGUCAAGAUGAUCCUGUUAUGGGUUACACUGCUUGUUCUUCAUCAAGGCUAUUCGCUAGUUCCAGUUACCACAGUUAGACUUGGUGAACCUGCAACCUUAACGUGUGCUCUCCAUUAUGAGAAGAUUUACCAUCAACAGUUCGACUGGUACAAGCAGAGUGCCGGGGAAACUCUGAAAUUAAUUGUGACAAAGCGUGAAUCUACAAAACCUGAGUAUGCACCAGAGUUUUCUGAAUCAAGAUUGGAAAUGAACAAUGAUAACAAUUUUAGCAACCUGACCAUUCUGAGGACAAUCCAAGAAGAUGAGGGAAUGUAUCACUGUGCAUCCAUAGAGUGGUUUACAAGUCCUGUAUGGAGUGGGACAUAUUUGUUAAUAAAAGGAAACACUCAGAGGACAUCAAACUACACUGUUGUUCAGUGGCCGACAGCAUCAGAUCCAGUCCGUCCAGGAGACUCUGUGACUCUCCAGUGUUCAGUCCUCUCCGACUCUGGGAACAAGAUGUGUCCAGGAGAUGACAGUGUGUUCUGGUUCAGAGCCGGAUCGAAUAAAUCUUAUCCGGACAUCAUCUACACUGAUGGAAGAAGACAUAAUGAAUGUGACAAGAGAUCUAACACUCAGAAGAGUUGUGUUUAUCGCUUCUCUAAGAACAUCAGCUCCUCUGAUGCUGGGACUUACUACUGUGCUGUGGCCACAUGUGGGAAGAUAUUAUUUGGAGAUGGAACUAAACUGCAAAUCGAGCGAACAGGAAGUGUUGAAUUUAUUGCGCUGGUGAUAGCAACAGUCUGCUUGGUCAUUUCUAUGACUGGAAACAUUGUUUUCAUCUGUUACCGAACUUCAACACCAGUAUGUUCACAAUUUAAAGGAAUAGAAAGCGCCUCUUCCCAAGCAAGACAUGAUAACUCAAGACAAUCAGUACAUGAUGUUACUGAAGAUGGACCUGAGCUGAACUACACUGCAUUGCAUUUCUCUGCAAAAAAACCUACAAGAGGAAGAAAGAAGACAGAGUUGAAAACUGAAGAAAGUGUGUACUCUCAAGUUAAAUGCUGA